AUGUCAAGAUACGACUACCCCAGGCUCCCACGGCAUGAAAUGCUCGGAAUUCUCUCCGAGUUUCAGAUCGGCAACGUUUCCGAUUCCGACCUGCUUAAACCCACCUUCGAUUUCGUCACUAAUUUGUAUUCUGCCCUUCUCCUCCACAUCGGCAUUUUAUCGGAAGAUCAUGACCAGUUGGAUUUCGAGGCCCUAGAGCGGCUCGAGAAUCCGGACCACCAUGUUGAGUCGGUUCGGGUCAUGAACCUGUUUGAUAAAAUUCGUGAACUACUGGCGGUUCUAGAAUGCCCCUUGAAGUUCACUCUCAAGGAUUUGAUUAAGCCCGAGCCUGAUCGUACCGAAAUUUUUCUUAGUGCGGUGCUCAAUUUUUGCCUUCACAGAGAGGGAAAGAUGAAUCUGUUCAGACCGGUAGUUGAUGAGUUAACCCUCCUUGAAGAGAAAAAGCAGGAGUUGGAGGAAACAUUGUCUAAAUUAAAUGAAGAAAUCGAGGAGCACAAUCAGCUGAGGGAAAGCGAGAUUCCGUUUGUUCAAGAACUUGAUGCUAAAGUCAAAGAAUUGCGGCAAACUAUUCAGAGUCUUAACAAUCACCAGAUGUCUUUGAAGGUUAAUAUGAGAAAGACAAAGGAGAAGGUCAAAGAGAUGGAUGAGAAGAUUCAAAAUGCUGAGUUUGCAUUGAUCCAAAGUGUCCAAGAGAAUGGCAGUUUACACUCUAAAAUUGUUCAGUCUCCAGACAAGCUUCAGAGGGCUCUUGAUGAGAAAAAAUCAGUUAAAGCUGAAGCUAAGAAUGCUGAAAGAGCGGCAAUGCAAGCUUUUCAUGAUAAAAGUGCUCUGCUUGAGCUUUACACAAAGGCUUCCAUGAAGCUGUCCAAACAAUUGGCUCAGAUGAAGGCUAAACAAGACCAGGUAAACUCGGCCAAAACAAUCGAAAAGGAUCUUAAACUUCUUAAAGCCAAUAUGAGUGACCAAGACGUAUUAAACAAAUCACUCGAGGCUAAAUUGAUUGAACUGCAAACAAAAGCGGACCAAUUGGAUGAACUGAAGAAGCAGCUAGAGUAUGAAAGAGUUCAGAACCGCGAGCAGGUUAACAAAGAACUGGAGAAUGUCAAGUUGGAAGUGGAAACAAGGAGAAGUGGUCUACAAGCAAGACAAAAGCAGGUGGAAGCUAUGGUUAUGGAGGCAGAUACUAUAAAUACAAAGAUUCAAGCAGUCAAGGAGUCUGGAGCAGCUAAGAUGCAGGAAAUGCACCAUCUAUGUGAAUCUAUAACCGAGAAGGUGAACUUCUGCAGUUUUAUGCCUACUCAAAUGCUAUUAAUGCUGCCUGGAAUGAGAAUGGUCCUGGGAAACCUUCAAGCUGAGAAAUGGGAUGAUGAGUGGUGGUGGUGGUGGGAGGGUGGUGGUGGCGGCGGCGGCGGCGACGGCGACGGGGACAAUGAGAGAGGAAGAGGCGGGAAUAUAUUAAUUUUGUUUAGUCAGAGAUUGGAACCUGGUCAAAUUGCAGAAACCAAAAAACACAAGAAGAAGAGGAGGCGACUAGUGCGGUCAAUUUCAAGGUUUUGGUUUGGAGGAAGAAAGUCUACUUCCCGAAGUCUCAUCGACAUGGAUUCUCCCCGUGAGCAAGAUGCUCCCGUUGGGCUCAAAAGAAAAAGAGAUGCUCCUUGCAAGCUUGUGGAAAACAACAAACAAAAUGAUGUUGCAGUGACAUUGGCAAAACCAAUUAUCUUGGCAAAUAUCGAGGAUGAAGCCAAUCUUGUGUUCUCACCGCUGUCCCUCCAGAUUGCAUUGGGCUUGAUCGCAGCCGGGUCUAAAGGCUCAACUCGGGACCAGCUCCUCUCUUUCCUUAAGUUCGACUCAAUUGAUGAACUUAAUGCUCUUUCCUCUUUGUUUGUUACCACUGUGUUAGCCGACGGCAGCCCUUCUGGUGGUCCUAUUUUGUCAUGUGCUAACGCAUUCUGGAUUGAUCAAUCUCUGUCUUUUAAGUCCCAGUUCAAGGACGUUAUCCAUGAUGUUUAUAAGGCUCAUUCCAGUCAAGUUGAUUUUCAAAACAAGUCUGAUGAGGUGGUUGCCGAAGUGAAUGCAUGGGCUGAAAAAGAAACAAAUGGAGGAUGGCAACACCCGUUUUUUCCUCCAAUGACAAGGGAUCAUAAGUUCUAUCUCCUAAACGGCAGCACAGUGAAAGCUCCAUUCAUGUCAAGCAUGAAGCUACAAUAUAUAAGUGCCUACGAUGGUUUUCAAGUAUUGCGUCUUCCUUACAAACAAGGUAAUGACCGACAUCGAAGCUUCUCCAUGUACUUGUAUCUCCCAGAUGCCAAGGAUGGGUUGCGUGCUUUGGUUGAAAAAUUCAGUUCUCAACCUGGAUUUUUCAAGAACCAUGUACCACGAACCAUGAAAGUUGUCUGCAGUUUCCUCGUUCCAAAGUUUAAGAUUUCAUUUGAGUUUGAAGCUUCAAAGAUUCUAAAAAGCUUAGGGCUAGUUUCGCCUUUCACUAUUCAUGAUGGUGGGCUCACUAACAUGGUAGAUUCCCCGAUUGGUGAUGACCUUGUCAGUCAAGGCAUGUUUCAAAAAUCCUUUAUUGAGGUCAAUGAAACAGGUACAGAAGCUGCUGCUGUAUGUUCAGCAACUGUAGGAGGUGGUAUGCCGGUUCGAACUUUCAACUUUGUUGCUGAUCACCCCUUUCUUUACCUCAUAAGAGAAGCUGUGACUGGAGUGGUGCUCUUCAUGGGUACCGUACUUAAUCCCACUCUAUCUUGA